UCGCGUUUUCUUUUUUUAGGGGGUGGCUUCCACGGGUGGUGGUUGAGGUCCCAUCCGUGAGGGUGUACAAGGAUAGACAUGCACAUGGUGGGCAUGUCGUGAGCGGAGCCGGCUAGAGCCGGUGGUCAGACUAGAUGGCCCGGGAGGUCCCUUCUGACUCGCUCUGUUUCUUUGUUUCACCGUCUUCCUUCCGGCGUAGCAAGUCUUAAAAGCUGUGGACCUGGACACAUUGGGCUUGUGGCUAUGAGAAUUAAUCAGAAUACCGUAUUGCAGGGAAAGAAGGUAACCUUAGUGCCAUACACCUCUCUUCAUGUACCCAGAUACCAUGAGUGGAUGAAGUCUGAAGAGUUGCAGCGACUGACUGCAUCUGAGCCAUUAAGCCUUGAACAGGAAUAUGAGAUGCAAUGCAGUUGGCGGGAAGAUGCAGACAAAUGCACAUUCAUUGUGCUUGAUACGGAGAAGUGGUCUCGGCAGGCAACCACAGAGGAAGAAUGCAUGGUAGGAGAUGUGAACUUAUUUCUCACCGACCCUGAAGAUCCAACAGUGGGAGAGAUUGAGAUAAUGAUUGCAGAAGCCAGUUAUCGUGGCAGAGGGUUUGGCAAGGAAGCCACUCUGAUCAUGAUGUCAUAUGGAGUGACACAUCUUGGAAUUACCACCUUUGAGGCUAAAAUUGGAUUGGAAAAUGAAGCCAGUAUCGGCAUGUUCAAAAAGAUUCAUUUUAAGGAGGUGGGAGUCAAUGCUAUCUUCCAGGAAGUGACCCUGAAAAUGACUGUGGAUGAACAAGAGAGGCAGUGGCUCCUUGAACAAACCAGUCAUGUGAAUGAAAAAGAAGUAGUGACAUGAAGCUGCAGAAUCAGGUCUGCGACAUCUGAUUCUAGAAGAACUAUAACAAUAGCUGGAAUAGGAAAUAUUGCGAGGUCUGUAUUGGAUCAGAAUUCAAGUUGCCCUGCACAUACCCAGCAUACUUGGUUUUCAUCCUUUAAGUAAUCUGACAUCCAGUGCACCUCUUAUGAACUGUAUCAUCUUGGGGAAGAAAGAAUCUUCAAGCGUCGAACCUGGGUUUUUCCCUAUAAUUCUGCCCGCACAAAUGCAUUGCCUGUGGAGCACUUGGGAUAAAAAGCCCCUCCCUGCCCCAAGCAUACAAACACGCUGGAGAACGGAACUGAAUCUCUCUCAAAUUCAUAGAUAGGAAGCCAUGGGAACAGCAGCCUCUCUAAUAUAAAUUGAUAACAUUGUAUGAUUGGAAUGUAUCCCUAGGAGGUCCCUUGACAAAGACCUAAGUAAACAAAAAACAACCAACCUUAGAGACUUGUGCAUCCAACAAGUAGGAGUUUAGAGGGAAUACUGUAUUUACCUCCACACACUGCUGUUUGCAUGAACUCAAGAAACUAAAUGGCAGCUCUUGUGAGUUUCCAUGUAGUUCAUUAGACGUUUAAUGACAGAGCUCAUGUUCUCAUUCUUGGAACUCAGGUUAGUUCUUCACAAAAACUGUUGCUACAGAAAGUACAGUUUUUGUGUUUUGCAAAGAUAAAGGUUGAGAACAAUAACAAUAAUUUAACUUGCAACUGAUUUGGAAGUCCAUCUCCUUUUCUUGUGUGUGUGUAUGCAUACAUACACAGAACCAGUUUGCAUGUUCAAAGCAAUCCACUGUGGCUUGUUUAAACUGGAAGCACAUGCCAGGAGCUAUUAACCGAAUUACCUGGGUACAGCUUCUCAUAUCAUCUGAACCUGGGCAGCACAGUUUGUUCAAGGAGGACAAUCACCACCUGUUGUUGGGGUUUCUGGCUGAUAUGCCUGGCAGGCGUUUCAAAGCCUGAUCUUUGGACAACAGAGAGAUGACCCAGUUAGUCAGAAUAUCUUCUGAGUACCUUCUCUCUGGUAGAGCUCCUAUAGUUCCAUGGUACCCCCUAGGGCUGAUAGCAAUGAUAAAGCAUAGGAGAAGGCUUGAAUACAGAUGAAGAAAAAGUUUUCAUGGAUGCAGUCAAGCCUUGACAUGAACACAUCACACUAUUCAAUCUUCCAUUUGUUGCCCUACAGAGCUUUUCAUAGUCAUUGAGGGCCUAUUACAUGUUGGCCCCAAAGGCAUCUUUCAUCGGUCUGAGGCCUGCUGCAAUAUAUUUGCUGGGCACUUCCAGAAGAAAUACUCUUGCAUCUGCUGGGACUUACAUUGAAAUGUUAUAGCAGUUGCAUUAGGCAAGGUACCCAGCACACCACCUGGUCAAGAUUUCUGGAUGAGGUCCAGUUGGAUGUUGACAAGGUACUUCAGCAGAUCCAUGCAGCUACAUCCAUACUGACUCCUUGCUGCUCUUUGCUUAUGAAAGCAAGGAGGGAACAGCUGGCUGGACCACGAGCAUGAUCAGUGCCUCCUCAUGAAAGGAAGUUGUCUCAUGCUGGGGUGAUGCAAUUAGAUAAGGGUUUUUUUAAAGAUACAGUUGUAUUAACUUGUACUGGUUAUUUAAGACAUUUAAAUUUCUGUAAUGACAUGCAAAUCCUAUUGUAUUUUAUGAAUUGUUGUAAACUGCUCAUAGAAUUUUGGCUAUUGGGUUGCAUAGCCAUAAAAUAAAUACUAUUUUAAUAUUUA